UCAAAAAUAAUAAUGAACAUUUUCAUAUACCUAAAUGUACAUUUGUGUUAUGUAAUAUGACCAGGAAUGAUGAUAAGAAAAAGUCAAUUGCAGAAAAGAAGAAAAAAACUGAAAAGGAAAAGGUUGAAAGGUAUAAUUUCAAAUUUAUUUAUAUACACUCAAAUGUUCAUUUAUGUUCCUCAUAAUUUUCUUAAUUUAACAAUAUUUUAUAUUGAACAACAAGACCAAAACGCGAAAAGAAAACAAUUCCUCCUGCUUUCCGAUCUCCUUACUUGGUCAAGUACAAGGAUCUGUUUAAAGAUGAGAAAGCCAUGAACCAAAUUGCAGUAGACUUUGCUCUUGGUGGAAAAGAUGAAAGUGCACUCUUAUACUAUGAUGGCUUGAAUCUCAUCAAUAGAAAUGAAAUGAAAACUCUUGGAGAUGAUGUUGAAGUGACAAAUUGUGUCAUAGAUGGAUGGGCAAGGUUUCUUAAUCAUAAAAAGCCGAGAAACAAGAUUUAUUUCUCAACAGUGCUUCAUCACAUUAUGUGCACAAAUAGAGUUUGUCAAGAAGGAUCAUCAAUGAAGACAAGAAUUAAUGCCUUCAUAGAAAGAAUUGACAAUGAACUGAAGUUGAAUAAAAUUGACAGCAUUGUUGGAUAUAAACAGGUCUUCUUCCCAGUAUCAACUUCUUAA